AUUAAGACCAUUAACCCAACAAAGUCUCUCCCUAUCUCUCUCUCUUUUCAACUUUUUCAGUUACUUUACUCCGUUCAUCUUUUGUUUUCUUUCUUUCGAUUCUCAUCAAUACAAAUCGACAGAUAUAUAUAUAUAUAAAUAUAUAUAGAAGUUGGUAUUGUGCAGAGGUUACAUGCAUUGUAUUGAAGACCAAAGUUUAUUUCCCGAGAAACAAGCGGAUCAGAGACAAAUCUGAGUCGGUUUCUUGCUUUUCGAUUCCUCUUUAUUAAUCAAGAAGAUCGUUUCUGUACUUCUCUCUCUCUCUGUUCUUCUUCUUCUUCUUCAUCUUUCUUUGAUCACAAAUUCAAAGCUUGAAGCUUUUCUUCUCUGUGUUGGCGGUAAACGAGAUGGCGAUACAAGCGCAGUUAAAUUACAACGCUUCGAAUGCGAACCAAAUCGGGUUUCCGUUAAUCGAUAGUACUGGUGGCCCUGAGUUUUCUCUGAUCAACAACAAUGGCGGAAUCGGAAUCGAUCAGUCGUCGUACAUGAACAAUAAUCUCCAGUCGCAGAAAGAUUUCAACCAACAAGCUCUGUUCCAUCAUCAACAUCAGAACCAACAGUAUCGUUCGCAGAGCUUUUUAGACGCUCACAUGGAGAAACAGAAGCAAGAGAUCGAUCAGUUCAUCAAGUUACAGAACGAGAGGUUGAGAUACGUGUUGCAAGAACAGAGGAAGCAGGAGAUGGAGAUGAUCUUAAGGAAAAUGGAAACGAAAGCUUUGGUUUUGAUGAGGCAGAAGGAAGAAGAGAUGUCAAGAGCAUUGAGCAAGAACAUGGAACUCGAAGAUCUGUUGAGGAAAAUGGAAAUGGAGAAUCAAACGUGGCAGAGAAUGGCCCGCGAUAACGAAGCAAUGGUCGCAACGCUUAACUCGACGCUCGAACAGGUUAGAGAGAGAGCCGCGACGUGUCACAACGACGCAGCAACGGCGGAGGACGAAGGGUCGUGUUGCGGCGGAGAUAUUUUACCGGCGAAGAAGGCGAGUAGCAGUUGCUGGAAUUGUGGGUCUAACGGAGAAACGAGAGUUCUGUUUCUGCCGUGUAGGCAUCUCUGUUGCUGCACGGAUUGCGAGGCGAGUCUUGUUCUUUGUCCGAUCUGUAAUACCCCCAAGAAAAAUAGAAUCGAGGCCUUUAUUUUCUAGGGAAAACUGCUUUUCUUUUUUUCUCCUGUGAAUUUUUCCCGAGAAAAUGUGCAUUAUCGGUAGGAUGCUUUUUACUCCGGUGAACGGAGAGAUUUUACUCCGGUAGAUGACGUAGCAGGGUAAUUUGGUGUUUUCCGAGAAGUUUAGGGGAAAAGGGAAAAAAAGUUAGAAUAGGAAUUUUAGAAUAGAAAAAGGUUAUAAAAUCUGAUUAGGGUUUUCUUUUGAUUGUUUUUUUGGUUUUUUUUUUUGGCAUCAAUGGAAAGAAGAAACCCAGCUAAGAUCUGAUGAACAUAUAAUUCAUAUUUUCCCUUAUUCUAAUGGAUUUUUGGAUAUUAA